AUGUCCUCAACCUCCGUCCGAGACGGUGGAAUAGGAGCAGCAGUAGGAGUCAUUAUUGGCAUACUUCUGGGUGCGGCCUUUGUCUGGUUUUACUCUGCUAAGCAAAGACAAGACCGGCCGGGCGAGCCUGUCGUCUAUCUGCGCGAGCCAUCUAGGGAGGAAGAAGAAUUUGUUAAGCUUGUUCCCAAAAUCUUGACGACAAUGACCCAUUUUCGUCUGUGCCGUAACGAUGGCCCAGAUCUCAGGAAAGCCCUCGGAAUGGCAUGCGCGGGUUUCAGCAUGCAUACCCGGCAUUACUACCACACGGACAAGCUCCCAAAGGUCCCCGAAUCCCUUGACGAGAAUCUCAGGCGUCUUUUUCUGGGCGAGGAACUUACUAGAGCUCUCAAGGAGCUCAUCAUGAAUCCCAAGACGCGCUACCAUGCACUUACUCAUUUGCAAGUGCGUGUGGUCCUCUCCAACCUCGACAUUCACACCAUCGGCCCCCUCUCGCUUCUCCCCCUCUUCGUCACCGAGUUCUUCAAGUCUCUUCCUUUUACAACUUCUUCAUACACGGCGCAGAAUCUUUCUCGCGGCCUCAUGCCGUUGGCCCUCUGGAGAAAAUUGACUGUGUACUCCAUGGCCAAGCACAAGGGUCUUUUGCCGGGACCUAUAGAGCCGCCCGAGAUUGUCAGUCUGCAGGUCAAUAGACUCGUCAAUGCACUCGCUGAUGUCUUGGACCAUUUCGCCAAAGAUAUCGAGGACGGCGUACCCACGCACCGGGAGGAGCUCGCGAAGCAAAUCCGCUGGGCUGUCAAGUUUGGCUACGAGAUAUUUUCUCACGGGAUUGAAUAUCAGUUUCAAUGGCAACCAGAACCUACAAAAGACGGAAUCGUUGUUGUUCCAGGCCUGGCCGAACUCGCCGAUGACGACGCCACGCCGCAUGUGAACCCAAAAGUAAUGGAGGGCACCCCAGAGAUCAGAAUACCGCGAAAGGAUCCUUGGUGA